GCGACUAGCAAGAAACAUCCAAGUGUGGAAAUAGCAAUUUCCCCUCCCCCAUUCUUAUAGCCGUCAACGAUAGGAUUAGUCCUUUGUGAAGAGGGAACCCUCCUCUCUCUUCUCUCUUUGCUCCCCAAAGACUGAAACUUUCUCUCUCUAAAAUCUAAACCUAGCUGAAGUAUUUACGUGCUUCAAUCAUGUUUGGCGGCUUUGGCCAUGCUGCAAGGAAGAGUGAUAACACCAAAUAUUAUGGGGUUCUUGGUGUGCCUAAAAGUGCAAGUGCAGACGAGCUCAAGAAGGCAUAUAAGAAAGCUGCUAUCAAGAAUCAUCCAGACAAAGGUGGAGAUCCUGAGAAGUUCAAGGAAUUAGGUCAAGCUUAUGAAGUUCUCAGUAAUCCAGAAAAGAGAGAAAUCUAUGACGAAUACGGUGAAGAUGGUCUUAAGGAGGGAGCGGGAGGUGGUAGUACCUCACAUAAUCCAUUUGAUUUAUUUGAAACGUUUCUCAAUCCCCGCUAUCGUUCACAUGUAAGAAGGCAGAAGCAAGGUGAAGAUGUGGUGCAUACCUUAAAGGUUUCUUUGGAGGACUUGUAUAAUGGCACGACAAAAAAACUCUCUCUUUCUCUGAAUAUUUUGUGUACAAAAUGUAAAGGGAAAGGCUCGAAGAGCGGAAACUCAGGGAGAUGUUAUGGAUGCCAAGGUACUGGAAUGAAGAUUACAACACGGUCGAUUGGAUUGGGCAUGAUUCAACAGAUGCAACAUAUCUGCCCUGAAUGUCAAGGCUCCGGUGAAGUCAUCAGUGAAAGAGAUAAAUGCCCACCAUGCAAAGGUAAGAAGAUUACUCAAGAAAAGAAGGUGAUGGAUGUGCACGUGGAGAAAGGGAUGGAGCACGGUGAGAAAAUUUUGUUCGAGGGACAGGCUGAUGAAGCUCCUGAUACAAUUACUGGAGACAUUGUUUUUGUAUUGCAACUCAAGGACCACGCCAAGUUCAAGCGAAAGUUUGAUGAUCUUUACGUAGAGCACACUCUCAAUUUAACUGAGGCUCUUUGUGGGUUCCAGUUUGCAUUGACCCAUCUUGAUGGCAGGCAGCUACUUGUCAAAUCAAAUCCCGGAGAAGUCAUCAAGCCUGGUCAAUCGAAAGCAAUCAAUGAUGAGGGCAUGCCUCAUCACCAGAGGCCAUUCAUAAAGGGCAAGCUUUACAUCCACUUCAAUGUAGAGUUUCCAGACUCUGGGAUUCUUUCUCCUCAUCAAUCCCAAAUGUUGCAGACAGUACUAGACCCCAGGCAUAGCAAGAAGUUGACUGACAUGGAGCUGGAUAAGUGUGAGGAAACCACCUUGCAUGAUGUCAACAUUGAGGAUGAGAUGAGGCGUAAACCAAGACAGCAGUAUCGGGAGGCGUAUGAUGAAGAUGAUGAAGAUGAUGAAGAGUCAAUGCCACGGGUGCAGUGUGCUCAGCAGUAAGGCCCUCUCUGUUUUAUCCAUCUUAUAGGGCAAAAUUAUAGUUCUGCAUAUGCAGUUGAGUUCUGAUUUAAGAUCUUUAUAGGUUCCUGCUAUUUUAUUUUCACUCGAUAUUUUUUCUCCCUGCUGUGUUCUUCUGUUUGUUAUAAACUUUAUAUAAAGUUCUAUUAAGAUGUUAGAAUUGAGUUAUAAUGCUCUUGAAUUGAUGAUAUAUCUAUUUAUGGAUCAUUAGCCUUUCGA